GGAACAAAGCGGAGGGGCUGGCGCGCACGCCCCCCGUGUGGCCGGCAGGUUGGGCAGCGCCCCUCCCGAAGCUUCUGGAGGAAAGACCCCAGGUGGCCCCCGACAUGCCCCAUCCCAAAGCUGGGUGCGCGGCCAUCGACCCUCGGGAGAAGUUGGGCGGCCUGGGGAGACCCCGGAGACAGGUGGCCGCGUUUGUGCAGCGGUUAUGAGCAAGGUGGCACGCGACCCAGGAGCAAAAUCCCCGAUGCCGGUUCCCUGCCGCCCAUGCCCUCUUUUCUCUGACACCUGGCCCCAAGCAGAUGCAUCACAGGAUGAAUGAAAUGAACCUGAGCCCGGUGGGGAUGGAGCAGCUGACGGCAUCCUCUGUGAGCAAUGCCUUGCCUGUCUCAGGAAGUCACCUGGGCCUGGCUGCCUCCCCCACUCACAAUGCCAUCCCUGCCCCAGGUCUGCCAGUGGCAAUUCCCAACCUCGGUCCCUCCCUUGGUUCUCUGCCUUCUGCUUUGUCUCUGAUGCUCCCUAUGGGCAUUGGCGACCGAGGAGUGAUGUGUGGAUUACCAGAAAGAAACUAUACCCUACCUCCAUCACCCUACCCUCACCUGGAGAGCAGUUACUUCAGAACCAUUCUACCUGGCAUUUUAUCCUAUUUAGCAGACCGGCCUCCUCCUCAGUAUAUCCACCCCAACUCUGUAAACGUCGAUGGUAGUACAGCAUUAUCGAUUGCCAAUAACCCUUCAGCUCUGGAUCCAUAUCAGUCUAAUGGGAACGUUGGAUUAGAAGCAGGCAUUGUUUCGAUAGACUCUCGCUCUGUGAACACACAUGGUACCCAGAGUCUUCAUCCCAGCGAUGGCCAUGAUGUGGCAUUGGACACAACAAUCACUAUGGAGAAUGUUUCCAGGGUUACCAGCCCAAUCUCUACAGAUGGGAUGGCAGAGGAGCUUACAAUGGAUGGAGUUGCAGGCGAACAUUCACAAAUCCCAAAUGACUCCAGAAGUCACGAGCCUCUGUCUGUGGAUUCUGUGAGCACCAACCUUGCAGCCGACGCUGUAGGACAUGGUGGUGUGAUGCCCAUUCAUGGGAACGGCCUGGAGCUCCCUGUGGUCAUGGAGACAGACCACAUAGCAAGCCAUGUCAACGGGAUGUCUGAUAAUGCCCUCAGUGACUCCAUCCACACCGUGGCCAUGAGCACCAACUCUGUAAGCGUGGCACUCUCUACCUCACACAAUCUCGCCUCCCUAGAAUCUGUUUCCCUCCAUGAAGUUGGCCUCAGCCUAGAACCUGUGGCGGUCUCCUCCAUCACCCAGGAGGUUGCUAUGGGGACAGGUCAUGUAGAUGUAUCUUCAGACAGUCUUUCUUUUGUACCACCUUCACUGCAAAUGGAAGACUCCAAUUCAAACAAGGAAAAUAUGGCAACCUUGUUUACAAUUUGGUGCACUCUCUGUGACAGAGCCUACCCCUCAGACUGCCCUGACCACGGACCAGUGACUUUUGUGCCAGACACCCCGAUAGAGAGCAGAGCCAGGCUUUCCCUCCCAAAGCAGCUUGUUUUCCGUCAGUCCAUUGUGGGAGCCGAAGUGGGUGUGUGGACUGGAGAAACCAUUCCUGUGCGGACUUGCUUUGGGCCCCUGAUUGGCCAGCAGAGUCACUCCAUGGAAGUAGCAGACUGGACAGACAAGGCGGUUAACCAGAUCUGGAAGAUCUACCACAACGGUGUCCUGGAAUUCUGCACCAUCACCACUGACGAGAACGAAUGUAACUGGAUGAUGUUUGUACGCAAAGCUCGGACCCGGGAAGAGCAGAAUUUGGUGGCUUAUCCUCAUGAUGGAAAAAUCUACUUCUGCACCUCCCAGGCUAUCCCUCCUGAAAACGAACUGCUUUUUUACUACAGCCGGGAUUAUGCUCAGCAGAUUGGUGUUCCUGAACACCCAGACGUGCAUCUCUGUAAUUGUGGCAAGGAGUGCAGUUCCUAUUCCGAGUUCAAAGCCCACCUGACCAGCCAUAUUCACAACCAUCUGCCAAGCCAGGGCCACAGCAGCAGCAGCCAUGGCCCGAGCCACAGCAAAGAAAGGAAGUGGAAAUGUUCCAUGUGCCCCCAGGCGUUCAUCUCACCUUCCAAACUUCAUGUCCACUUCAUGGGUCACAUGGGCAUGAAGCCCCACAAGUGUGACUUUUGUAGUAAGGCUUUCAGUGACCCCAGCAACCUGCGGACCCACCUCAAGAUCCAUACGGGUCAGAAGAACUACAGAUGCACUUUGUGUGACAAGUCCUUCACCCAGAAGGCUCACCUGGAGUCCCACAUGGUCAUCCACACGGGCGAGAAGAACCUCAAGUGUGAUUACUGUGACAAGCUGUUUCUGCGGAGACAGGACCUGAAGCAGCACGUGCUCAUCCACACGCAAGAACGCCAGAUCAAGUGUCCCAAGUGCAGUAAGCUGUUUUUGAGAACAAAUCACUUGAAGAAGCAUCUCAACUCUCAUGAAGGGAAACGGGAUUAUGUCUGUGAAAAAUGCACCAAGGCGUAUCUAACUAAAUACCAUCUCACCCGCCACCUGAAAACCUGCAAGGGGCCCACCUCCAGCUCCUCGGCACAAGAGGAGGAAGAGGAGGAUGACUCCAAUGAGGAAGACCUGGCUGACACUGUGGGGACGGAAGACUGUAGGGUUAACAGUGCUGUGUAUUCAACAGACGAGUCUCUCUCUGCUCAGAAAUAACAGGGAGAAGCAGCACAGUUUUAGAUGGAAAAUGUAAAAGCAGAGACAGCAGUUAUCCACUACAAUGGUAUUUAUAGAGAAUGGGUUCUGAUUUCUAACCGCCAGCAGUCCAGGCAGACUGAAUGGGGAUGAGGAGAGCAUGGCUGGCAGAGGGUUCUACGGCAGCCACCUGCAAGCAGCUGG